AUGCUCAGGAGCUUCUGUCUCCAGCUCAUGUCCUUGGUUUGGAUCCUCUUGGCCCAUCACCAGCUUGCCCGAGGUGAUGACUGCAGUGAGCGCUGUAAUCUUGCCCACGGCUGCUGUGACCAGGAUGGGAAGUGCAGGUGCGACCCAGGCUGGGAGGGCGAGUACUGCGAGGACUGCGUGCGUAUGCCGGGAUGUCUCCAUGGGACGUGCCACCAGCCUUGGCAGUGCAUCUGUCACACCGGCUGGGCUGGCAAGUUCUGUGACAAAGACAUACACAUCUGCGAACACCAGUCGCCCCCAUGCCAGAAUGGGGCUCAGUGCAUCUAUGAUCGAGACGGGGAAUAUUCGUGCCUGUGUCCAGAAGGCUUCCACGGGAAGGACUGUGAGAUGAAGACGGGGCCUUGUGAGAAGGCAGGGUCUCCGUGCAAGAACGGGGGGCAGUGUCAAGAUGAAAAUGGCUUUGCCAGCAACUUCACCUGCCGGUGCCUCGCUGGCUUCGUGGGGGCUCUCUGUGAGAACGAUGUGGACGACUGCCUGAUGCGUCCCUGUGCCAACGGUGCCACCUGCCACGAUGGGAUCAACCGCUUCUCCUGCCAGUGCCAGGUGGGCUUCGAAGGGCGUUUCUGCACCAUCAACAUCAACGACUGUGCCAGCCAGCCAUGCAAAAAUGGGGCAAAGUGCUAUGACCGCAUCAAUGACUAUGACUGCUUGUGUCCCGACCGUUUCACUGGCAAAACCUGCGAGAUCCCCAUCCCUGAGCCCACCUGGGCUCCCCACUACCAGCCUGCGAGCCAUGACAACAGCAGAGCUGUGAAAAGCACCACCAGCGAGAUGCCAGCGGUGACACAGCCGGAGCCUGUCAGGACCGCGGUCACGGGGCGGCGUGUGGCCAACCACAGUGAGAAAGAACCGGGGGGAGGGUUGUUGAAAAUCUCUGUGAAGGAGGUGGUGACCCAAAGGGACUCGGGGCUGAGCGAAGCCCAGCUGGUGACAGUGCUGGUGUUCGGGGUGCUGACAGCAGUGCUGGUCCUCGUCACUGUCCUGCUCGUGCUGAGGAACUGGCAAAGGGGCCGCCAGAGGUCAAACUGGUGCCAAAGCUCUUCCCAGGCUGCAAGGAAGCUGCAAGACCAGGAGUGCCAGGUGGGCAUGCUCAACACUGUCCUGAUUGAGCCCAGGAAGACAACAGAGCUGUGA